GACAAUUGGAUAUCAGACUUGCUAAUGAGCUUCAACCAUGCCCUCCCGCUGCCCGUCGCUCCGUGCAGUCAAGGCACAGCAAGCCUCCAACCUUGUUCCACAGCCUCCUUUCAGGAGACAAGCGAGGGGAGGGCCCAGUGGUGUCACUUGACACUGACGAAGGCGUAUUUAUUCCCCACGCCAAAGAGCCAAGGCGGAAAGACAAAAAGAAGCUCGCUUCUGCAGGAAGGGGCUGGAUGGAAAAGGGGAUGCCGCCGGCCGCCCUGGCCAACUCCAACUCGAGCACCAUGAACGUGUCUUUCGCUCACCUGCACUUUGCCGGUGGGUACCUGCCCUCCGACUCCAAGGACUGGAGGAGCACGGUGCCAGCUCUCCUGGUGGCCGUCUGCCUGGUGGGCUCCGUGGGGAACCUGUGCGUGGUCGGCGUCCUCCUUCGCGGCGCCCGCAAGGGAAAGCCAUCCCUGAUCCACUCCCUGAUUCUCAACCUCAGCCUGGCUGACCUCUCCCUCCUGCUGUUUUCUGCACCUGUCCGAGCCACGGCGUACUCCAGAGGCGUUUGGGAUCUAGGCUGGUUUGUCUGCAAGUCCUCUGACUGGUUCAUCCACACGUGUAUGGCAGCCAAGAGCCUGACCAUCGUCGCAGUGGCCAAAGUGUGCUGCGCGCACGCCAGGGACCCAGCCGGGCAAGUGAGCACCCACAGCUGCACCAUCUGGUCGGUGCUGGGGGCCAUCUGGGCUGUGGCCUGUCUGCUGCCCCUGCCGGAGUGGUUCUUCAGCACCACCAGGCACCAUGCAGGCGUGGAGAUGUGCCUCGUGGCUGUACCCGCCGUGGCCCGAGAGUUCAUGUCCGUGUUUGGUAAGCUCUACCCUCUCCUGGUGUUCUGCCUCCCAUCGCUCUUUGCCAGCUUUUACUUCUGGAGAGCUUAUGGCCAAUGCCGGAAACGAGGCACUAAGCCUCAAAACCUGAGGGACCAGAUGCGCUCGAGGCAGCUCACACUGAUGCUGCUGAGCGUGGCCGUCACCUCUGCUCUGCUGUGGCUCCCUGAGUGGGUAGCGUGGCUGUGGACAUGGCAUCUGAAGGCUGGCGGCCCGGCCCCACCGCAGGGUUUUAUAGCCCUGUCUCAGCUCCUCAUGUUUUCCAUCUCCUCCGCAAACCCUCUCAUCUUCCUGGUGGCGUCCGAGGAGUUCAGGGAGGGCCGGGAAGGCUUGUGGAAAUGGGUAAUAAGCAAGAAGCGUCCGACGGCCUCCGUGUCGCAGGAGACACCUGCUGGCGACUCACAGGCCUUUCCCGACAGUGUUCCGGCAUCCCCAGCAUCCAUACCAGAGAGAGGGGAGACCGGCUCUCCCUCCUCCGGCCGAGGGAAAGCUGACAAGGCAGAAAUCCCCACCCUGCCUGAUGUAGAGCAGUUCUGGCACGAGAGAGACUCAGCCCCUUGUGUUCAGGACAGUGACCCUGCCCCCUGGGAACACGACGAUCAGGAGACAGGCGAUCGUGGCAAAUAGGUCCAAAGCACAGCAGAUGGCCACGGCUGUAUUUAUUGGUAAUGAUGCUUAUCCAUGCUGCUGACUCUGCCGUAUAAAACAUGAUCCAACUUUCUACCAUUAGGAAUUACAAAAAUGCUUUGCAGCCUGCAUUUUCCAAAUGUGCCAAUCUGGUGAGUAGAACGCUGCCUUAGAAUAACCAUGUUUCAGAACUACCACCUGUCCAAAGAUUUAACUACACUCGUUGUAGGAAGAUGCUGCUGCCGCAAGUGCUUAGAAAGGCCAGCUCUUCUGUCACUUGUCCACAAUGGCUGUUUUACUGGGCAGUCCUUAGGAUGAGCUAAGUAUUGGCUGGAGUAGAGCUUAUCUGUCAAAGGCUCAAUCUCUUUAGUUUCUUCCUGCACCUGCUAACUCUAACUUCACCUAUCAAACCUUAUUUCACAUAACAAAAGCUCAGACUCCACAUUCACUUAAGAAAUUUUUCUUUAACGCAUUUUUAAUGAGUCAUCUCUAUUUGCUUAAGAAACGUUAAUUACUUGAUGAAAAUCCACACGGCAUUUCCAUGGCGGAAGCUUGGGAGCUACGAAACAUGACUGCCUCCAAUUCUGGGCUAAUUCCACACCACGGCUUACUCUGGCUACAUUUAAAUACACUCAGACUUUGCCUUUUACGAAAAUCUGCUUCACUGAUCUUUCUGAAGCACCUCAGUGAGUCUUCAGUUUCUAAGUCCAGGGAUUUUAGCAGCUUAGUAUGACACUCUGCCUUCUGACUUGGAGAAAGAACUUAGAAAAAACCACCCUUCUUUCUCUUUGCAAUCACCUCUUCCCCAAGAGUCGCAGGAGGCAUUUCUCCAACAGAAAUCAAUCCGUCCUGCCCAGUAUCUCCUUUCUCUCAAGAUACGCUAGAAACCAUGGUGAAUGAUGCAGGUAAUAACCUACUGAAGGCGACCGUCAAGUAUAAAGAUGAUCAUCCUUCUUGAAAAAGACACAGCCGUGACACUGAACUUGAACCCUGCCCAACGUUUUAAAUACCUCAAGGUUUUUAAUUUAUAAUGUUCAAGAGCAACCAAACAGAAGGGGCAGAGCAGAGGAGAGAGGGAGGAAGAGAGGGGGAGAAAUGAGCAUGGAAAAGAAAAAAUUCAAUGGACAUAAGACAGAAUCUGGUUAGAAAACAAGGCAAUGCAGAAAGCAAAGCAGUAAAAUUAAAUUUUGUUCCCAAACACAUUACCGGUAUAAUGUAAGAGGCAGCUGCUCAGUUUAUACCAAAGCAAAGCAUAGCCAGUAAAACAAUUACGAAACAUUUUCCCCCUGUGAAGUGUAAUAAAGCCACUUACCCUGAUUCUUAGUCUGUAAUAGAAUUUUGGGAUAUUUUCACUGAAGGGGUACUCUCUGGGAAAAAACAAAGAAACUAAAUUUGGGGCAAGCAAUGGAGAAACUAUGUAACUACGCCAUGGAUGGAAUUUUUGUUUUUUCAAAGAUGUUUAGACUGAGGGAUUUUUGGUUUGUUCACUCUUUAUAAACGGUCAUGGUUUUGCUUUAACCCAGAAGGUAGACCUCUGAGGCUCACAAGAUCACACGAAGUACAAUUAACUUACCUAAAAUACUGUUUUGUGAGACAAUAGUUAUAUUCUGGGAUCACCUUUAGCACUGUGAUGAACCAGUUGAAUUAAAGACUUUUGUUCUCUACUGUAGAUGUAGGAUGUAAGCUUACAGUGUUUGGACAAUGAACGUGUAAACAAAUAAAACAAUUACGUUUUCCCGCUGACA